AAAAGUUGCACAAUUCAUACUGGCCAAGCCUCUUCAUGACGAUCCCUAGGGAGAGAACGCCCGCGGCGUAAGAUAAAAGUCAUUCUUUAUCUUCCACCUUUUUCUAACCAAAUGUUACAUAUAGGAUAGCAAUAAGUGAAGAGUCGGCCAGCCAAAUUAAAUGAGAACAGCCCAUCACGUCGAUAAAUACCUAAUGGCCUGUCCUGCAGCGAGAUUAAUUCGAUGGCCUACCAUAGCCACAAAUCCUAGCCAGUAAGCAUGUCCUUUCAGCAUAUCUUCAAAUGCUGUGCGACACACAAAGGCGGCCAGAAGCCGCCCGGUCCGCCUAAGGCAUUCUGGGAUCGAUGAAUACCUACUGGCCUUAUCCCUCUACGAUACCUUCCCAAUUUAUUUCGUUUUCCCAUUGCCUACAACGGGGAGUACAUACUUGGGAGCCAACAGUAUGGCGGAUCCUCUUGCUAUUCUUGGAGCAGUGGCAGCUAGCCUUCAGCUCGCCGUCUACGCGAUCAAAGGCCCAGUCGGAACUGUAGAGUUGGUGCAGAGUCUCCAUGAAGCUCCCAGGCGGAUGUCCCUGCUUUUGAGCCAAAUCGACCGCGAAGUCGCAUCGACGAACAACCUACUUCGUUUCGACCCCCCCAUACACCCUUAUCUCUCUACUACACAAUAUGCCCAGAUUUCCACACUAGCAGUCGAAGCGCGCAAGGCUAUGGAAAGCAUUCAAGAAGAUCUACGUCCUUUAGUAGAAGCCAUUCAGAGUGCAUCGGAGCCCAGCGAGAAAAGGAAGGUUUUAAUACAGGCUUGGAAGUCAGUGGCAACCAUAAAAAAAGAGAAAGAAAUAGAGAGUAAGAUGAAGUUGUUGGAAAGACUCAACGUUAGUCUCCUGCGUGAAUUACAUAUAGCAGGAUUUGAAACUCAGUCAUUACUUCGGUGAGAUGUACACAAUAGCACAUCCUUCUCUUCAAUUAAAUUUUAAAGAAUACUGCGACCUC